AUGUAUGCCAUCAUGAAUACUCAGACCACCACCAGCACUAUGACAUCGUGCAAGUCAGUCGCCGCGGAGAGUGUAAGAGCGGGCUCAGCCGCCGCAAGAACAGCCCUCUGGCCCGCUCGCAAAUUCCUCUUCCAAGCCGCUACCAAGCUCUCUCAUCAACGUCCUCUAUACACCACAGGCCUCGCUGGCAGGUAUAUAGACGACGUCAAUGAGAGCAGUGGCUUCUUCGAUAGCGGCGAUGACUUCUGCUCGGUAGGAGACGAGCAGGAAAACGUUGAAACGCAAGACACCUGGACCGAGGAUGACUGCGACGAGAUGCUGGAUAUCCUGAAUGAAAGACCACAGCAACUUCCCGUCCCCAUCAUCAUCCUCACCAAUCCCGAGGGCGAAAUCCUCACCGGCGACGACAUACCCCAGGGCAACACAGUCCAUAGGUCCCGCGAGGCAUGCCGUCUGCACCGGCAAUACGUCGCCGAUGUCGAGAAGUACCUCUGCCCUGGCAACUGGAAGCAGAUCCGCGACGCCAACCGCCCACAGCCAAGGGAAAGCUGGACGGCGCGCAAGGCCCUACAUCAGAAGGACUUGUUCAUCGUGGAGCAGAAGAGCGGCAAGCGGCACCAGCAGCACGCGUGUGCGAGGCACCGCGAUCAGAACCGCUGGCUCAGACGGCAACUCGAGCAGGCCGAGCGGCUUUGGCAGCUUCAGGAGACGGAGGUGGGGGCGCAGAAGAAGGACCGCCGGGCGCGGAUCAAGACGCUGAAGCGGAUCGGGGCGAAGGGCGAUAUUGAGUCGUGGAACGAGGAGAUGGAUCGGCAGCAGGAGCAGGCGGAGAGAACUGUUGCGAAGCUGAGGGAGGAGCUUCAGGAGAAGAUGGAGAUGGCUUUUGGGGCUGGAAGUGAGGAUGAGGAUGAGGAGUGA